AUGGCUCCAGUUCAAUUAGCAGAAAAAGAUCAUGAAAGAGAUCAAGAAUUUACCAAGGCAUUACAUGGUGAAUCAUAUAAAAAAACUGGUUUAUCAGCUUUAAUGGCUAAAGCUAAAGAUGCUUCAAAAGUUGCUAAUGAAGGUUAUUUUAAACAUUGGGAUGGUGGUGUUACUAAAGAUGAUGAAGAUAAAAGAUUAAGUGAUUAUUCACAAUUAACUCAUCAUUACUAUAAUUUAGUUACUGAUUUUUAUGAAUAUGGUUGGGGUUCAUCUUUUCAUUUUUCAAGAUAUUAUAAAGGUGAAGCUUUUAGACAAGCAACUGCUAGACAUGAACAUUAUUUAGCUCAUAAAAUGAAUAUUAAUGAAAAUAUGAAAGUUUUAGAUGUUGGAUGUGGUGUUGGUGGUCCAGGUAGAGAAAUUACUAGAUUUACUGAUUGUCAAAUUGUUGGUUUAAAUAACAAUGAUUAUCAAAUUGAAAGAGCUAAUCAUUAUGCUAAAAAAUAUAAAUUAGAUCAUAAAUUAUCAUAUGUUAAAGGUGAUUUUAUGCAAAUGGACUUUGAACCAGAAACUUUUGAUGCAGUUUAUGCAAUUGAAGCAACAGUUCAUGCUCCAGUUUUAGAAGGUGUAUAUGGUGAAAUUUAUAAAGUUUUAAAACCAGGUGGUACAUUUGGUGUUUAUGAAUGGGUUAUGACUGAUAAUUAUGAUGAAUCAAAUGAAGAACAUCGUAAAAUUGCCUAUGGUAUAGAAGUUGGAGAUGGUAUUCCAAAAAUGUAUUCAAGAAAAGUUGCAGAACAAGCUUUAAAAAAUGUUGGAUUUGAAAUUGAAUAUGAAAAAGAUUUAGCAGAUGUUAAUGAUGAAAUUCCAUGGUAUUAUCCAUUAAGUGGUGAAUUAAAAUAUUGUCAAACAUUAUCAGAUUAUUUUACUGUUUUUAGAACCUCAAAAUUAGGUAGAUUUAUAACUACAGAAGCUGUUGGAUUAAUGGAAAAAUUAGGUGUUGCACCAAAAGGGUCAAAACAAGUUACUUAUGCAUUAGAAGACGCAGCUAUCAACUUAGUUGAAGGUGGCCGUCAAAAAUUAUUUACACCAAUGAUGUUAUACGUUGCAAGGAAACCAAUAGAAAAGAAAUAG